AUGUUUAACAUGCCAGAAUCUGUAUAUACCUGCUUCUUCGAAACACUUGAGGGGCUAUAUAAGAGUAAUCCAUUCCAUAACUCGUCUCAUGCUGCUGACAUGCUAGCAUCUUCCAUUUAUUUUAUUAACAAAUCGAUACUGUCAGAGUAUUUUGUGGAGUUUGACAUUUUGGCUUCAAUUGUUGCAUGCUUAGGCCAUGAUGUCGGCCAUCCUGCAUUUUCCAACAGAUUCUUAGUCACCAACAAAGACGAUCUGGCAAUUCUUUAUAACGAUGCCUCUGUGCUGGAAAUGAUGCACUGUUCAACUGUAUUCCAAGUUAUGAAAGAAAAUGGUGCAAAUAUAUUAGGAACGCUAAGUGCUGAGUCAUGAAUUAUGGUGAGAAAAGAAAUCGUCGAAAUGAUCCUUGCAACUGACAUGCAAAAACAUUUUGAUUUAUUAGGGCAGUUUCGAGUCAAAUUAAUGAGCUCUCCUCCAAGUGUAUUAGAAAAUUUCGAAAAUAGAAUUGAUGUUAUGAAGAUUAUGGUAAAAUCAGCAGAUAUCGGCCAUGCAGCCAAGUCAAGAGAGCUGCAUGAGAGAUGAAGCCUUUUGGUCAUUGAAGAAUUCUUUAAUCAGGGAGAUAUUGAAAAGUCAAGAAGCCAGCCAAUUUCUAUGUAUUGUGAUAGGGAAACAACAGAUAUUGCUAAAUCACAAGCGGGGUUCUUGAAAAAUAUUGUUUUGCCGCUAUAUGAAGCUUUUAAUCAGUUUUUACAGUCUUCGUAUAUUUCAACAAAUUGUGUGGAGCAGUUGAAAGUAAAUAUGAGGGCAUGGGAGUAUAAGUCAGAAAGGCACCGAAACCGAGUUAGGACAGUUAUUAGACAUGAAAACCCAUCAGAGUAUGUUAAUCUUGCAAGUAAAUGGGUUCCUCUCAGAAGAGGGUCAACUACUGUUGCGCGGAAGGAUCCAACGGAAGAAUCUUUGAAUUCUUCAUGUUCUGAUCAUAGCUAA